GGCGCUGGAGGCGCUAGGGCCGCGCGGUGGCCGGGAAGCCGGAAUGGCCAUGCAGGCAACCGAGGGGAGGGACGCGAAUGUGAGCAGCCGAAACCGCUAGAUCCAACCCAUCCCAAGCGCCGCCGCCGCCGCCGGACAUUCCCCACUGGCGGCGCCCCGGAGCCCAGAGCUCCCCUCCGGCCAUGCAGCGCGCAGCCCCGGGCAGCGGGCAGGCGCCGGACGCAGCCGAGCUUCGGGCAGACGGCCGCGCUCCUCGGCCGUUGCUCCCUUCGAGGGAGGUGUGACGGGCGGGUAGAGCCCCCGGGCCGGAUCCGGGGCUCGGCGGACGCCCUCCCGGUUCAUGUCAGCGCGCCGCCGCCGCCGCCUGCGCUUCUGAAGCUGCGCCUUCCUCCUCCGAGCCGGGCGCCCCCUCGAGGGAUCCUUGCGCGGCGCUCCGGGCCCCGACGGCUGUUGGGCUCCUCCCGGGCUGGGGACUGGACGCAGCCCAGCUAAGGAUGGGCUGACAGGCUUGGGACGGUGCCGCUGCCGGGAGCCGUCGAGGAUGCUCUGGCCGGCCGCGCUGCUCCUGCUGGCGGCGCUGUGGUGCUCCGGGGGAGCGCGCAGUUGCCCCGUCCAGCUGCGCGGCUGCAAGUGCGUGGGCGAGCGGGCCAAGGGGCUGGCGGCGGCCAGGAAGAGGGUGAGCUGCAGCGGCGAGGAGCUGGCUGAGCCGCCGGCGCCCCGGCUCUUGCCCAACAGCACCGUCACCCUGAUUUUGAGCAACAACAAGAUAGCAACUCUGAAGAAUGGCUCUUUUUUCGGACUUCGUGCUCUCGAGAAGCUAGACCUAAAGAACAACUUGAUUAGCAUCAUCCAACCUGGAGCUUUUCUAGGCCUCUCGGACCUGAAGCGCUUGGACCUCUCCAACAACCGCAUUGGGUGUCUCAGCUCUGGCAUCUUCCAGGGAUUGGUCAGCCUCAUCCGCUUGAAUAUGUCAGGGAAUAUUUUCUCCAGCAUCCAGAGUGGGGUCUUUGAUGAGCUGCUGUCUCUGAAAGUUCUUGACUUUGCCACCGAAUACCUGACGUGCGACUGCAACAUGCGCUGGGUCUCAGCCUGGUCCAAAAACCGCUCCGUCCAGAUCUCCGACAAGACGCUGUGCAUCUACCCUGGCAGCCUGCACGGGAAGCUGCUACGCAACAUCCGGGAGAGCCAGAUGCGCUGCGAAGGGACCCCAGAGCUGCACACCCACCUGCUGAUCCCCUCCUUGCGGCAAGUGGUCUUCCAAGGCGAUCGCCUCCCUUUCCAGUGCACAGCCAGCUACCUGGACAACAGCACACACAUUUUGUGGUACCACAACCGUGCCUUGGUGCAGGGGGAUGAACGGAAUGGCAUCAUCCUGGAGGAGAGCCUCGUCCACGACUGCACCUUCAUCACGAGCGAGCUUAUCCUGUCCAACAUCCAUGUCUCAGCCAGCGGCGACUGGGAGUGCACCAUCUCCACUGCUCAGGGCAACGUUAGCAAGAAGGUCGAAAUAGUUGUGCUGGAGACGUCGGCCUCAUACUGCCCAGCUGAGCGCGUCACCAACAACCGUGGAGACUUCAGGUGGCCACGCACCUUGGCUGGCAUCACUGCCUACCAGUCAUGUCUGCAGUACCCCUUCGCCUCUGGGAACGGGGGGCCCGGCUUGGAGAAGCAAGCCUGGAGGCGCUGUGACCGCACUGGCCGCUGGGAGGAAGGGGACUAUUCCCACUGCUUGUACACCAACGAUAUCACCCGUGUCCUCUACACCUUUGUGCUGAUGCCCAUCAACGCCUCCAACGCCCUGACCCUGGCACACCAGCUGCGUGUCUACACAGCCGAGGCGGCAAAUUUCUCGGACAUGAUGGAUGUCAUCUACGUUUCCCAGAUGAUUGAGAAGUUUACUGGUUACGUGGAUCAGAUUAAGCAGCUCACGGACGUCAUUGUGGAGAUGGCCAGCAACAUGAUGCUAGUGGACGACCACGUUCUGUGGAUGGCUCAGAUUGAGGACAAGGCUUGCACCAGCAUCGUCCGCUCGCUAGAGAAGAUUGCCGCCUACACUCUCAGCACCAGCUCUCAGUACAUAGCCGUGAACACGAGGAACAUCGCUUUCGAGGCCUACCUGAUCAAGCCAGACAGCUAUGUGGGCCUGAGCUGCACAGCCUUUCAGAAGCGCGAGGUGGUGCUCAGCAGUCGGCCGCACCGGCAGGAGCGAUAUGCCGAGUCCCUGGCAGACCAGCAGCUGAAGUUCCGGUGUGCCACGGGGCGGCCAAACAUCUCCCUGGCCAGCUUUCACAUCAAGAACAGCAUUGCUCUGGCCUCCAUUCAGUUGCCUCCUGGUCUCUUCUGCCCGUCGGCUCCUCCUUACCCCUCAGCUCACAAGUACAAACUCCAGUUCCUGGCAUUCCGCAACGGCAAGCUCUUCUGCAGCACUGGAAACUCUUCACACCUGGCAGAUGAUGGCAAAAGGCGCAGUGUGGCCACUCCGGUGAUCUAUGCAGGAACACAUGGCUGUGGAGCGAGCAACUUCAGUGAGCCCGUCGUCAUCUCGCUGCGGCAUUUGGGCGAGGGCACCGACCGCAUGGCCGCUUCCUGGGACUUUGACGUGCUGGCUGGGUACGGGGGCUGGAGAGCUGAAGGCUGCCAGCUGAUUGGCCUGGAGCCCAACGUCACCACCGUCAGCUGCCGGCACCUUGGCAACGUCGCUGUGCUGAUGGAACUGAGCAACUUUCCACGUGAGUCCCCGAGCCCAGCUGAGGUGCUGCACCCUGUCAUUUACAGCUGCACUGCCCUCCUCCUCCUGUGCCUCUUCGCCACCAUCAUCACGUACAUCAUCAACCACAGCACCAUUCACAUCUCCCGGAAGUGCUGGCACAUGCUGCUCAACCUCUGCUUUCACAUUGCCAUGACGUCGGCCGUUUUCGCGGGGGGCGUCACUCUUACCAACUACGUGGUCAUCUGCCAAGCGGUUGGCAUCAUUCUGCACUACUCUGCCUUGUCGACUCUUCUGUGGAUGGCGGUGAUGGUGAGAGUGAUCUACAAGGAGGCCACGUGGAAGGCACCACAGCAGCAGGAAGGGGAAGCCCCCCAGCCAGCCCCCCGCCCAAUGCUACGAUUCUACCUGAUAGCUGGUGGGAUCCCCCUCAUCAUCUGCGGGAUUACAGCAGCAGUCAAUAUCCAUAACUACGGAGAUCACGACUCCUAUUGCUGGCUGGCUUGUCAGCCAAGCAUCGGGGCCUUCUACGUGCCUGCGGCUUUCGUCCUGCUCGUCACUUGGAUUUACUUCCUGUGUGCCGGAAUCCGAUUGCAGUGCCAAGCCAAGAACCCCAAAGAGGCGCCCAAACCCCUGGAAAUGCGUCAGCGGCUGGGUGGCAGCAGCAACCUCUUGACAGACUCGGGGUCCAUCUUGGUCACGCUGAAUUCUGCCCCGCACAGUGCCGACGUCGACGGCGUUUACUCUUUAGGGGUGCAGUUCUGGGCUCUUGUCAUCACCCAUUUCCUGUACAUCACUCUCUGGACCUUCGGGGCCAUGGCGGUGUCCCAGCGCUGGUUCCUCCUGAAGGUCGCCUUCAGCUGCCUCUACGGAGUCACGGCUGUGGCGUUGGGGCUCUUCAUCUUUGCCCACCACUGCGCGCGCCGCCGAGACGUGCAGGGCUCGUGGUUCGCCUGCUGCCCAUCUUACAGGAAUGCUUUGCCCAUGCAAGCCUACGUGCACCCCGGGGUGGGAGUGGAGGACGGCUCCCAGGUCUUCAUUGGCUGCAGCCCCGAGGCGGCUCAGUCCAUCAAGUCCUCCUCUUCCCCCAGCAGCAGCAAUUCCGCCCCGGGGCCUUGCAAACUCAACAACCUGCAAGUGGCCCUCGGCCAGGCGGAUGGAAGCCCUUCGCAGACGGCCUGCUAUGAGGACGCCGAGCCUUGCAACAGCAAGAGCACCCCGCCGGCCAGGUACGCCAACAACCUGCACGGCCGCAGCAGACACCACAAAAGCAGGACUAAGCAAUACCGGGAAGGGAAACACCAGCAGCGCCUGAAGGCUCUGCGGGGGCCUUCCUCAGAGCACCCGACCAGCGAGAGUGGCAGCCUCCCCACCAGCCACUCGGAGAGCUACCAAAGCAGUCGGAACAGCCCUCUGAACAAUCGGCGCCACGGGGUGGUCCCAAGCCUGGAGUUGGCCCUGACGCAGUCCGACUUGAGCGACGGGAGUGGCGGCCACCACCACGGGGCAGACUUCAGCCAAGGCCAGCGGAGGAGCACCAGCCGAGACAACCUCAAGCACCAGGCCAAUGCCGCAGCGGAAAAAGAGACUAAGAGGCGCUCCUUCCCCCUCAACACGGCCAAUCAGAACGGGGGCCUGAAGGGCAGCGAGUACGACAUAAACCUCACCGGGGCUGACAGCGCAGCCGGCAUGAAAACGGGUCUCUGGAAGAGCGAGACGACUGUGUAGGGAAGGGUCAAAGGGCCAGGGGGCUGGAGCAGGUUUCCCCUAGCCUCGGGCAGGAAUUAGCAAGGCACUGGCAUCUUGCUGCCAGAGCCUGCUGAUGCAAGCUGCAGAGGCUGAUGGUGUGCACUAUGUGGGGCUUGGGCAGUGUCUGGUUGACCACGUUCCCAGACCCCCUGCCCUGCAGUCGAGAGGAAAGGUCACCUGACAUCUGAGUUGCAAGGGGGCAGGGUAGGGAGAGGGUACGUGCAUCACAUCCUAGGAACCACACCAUGCUUUCCACCACCGAUAUCCUGUGCACCAGGUGACUCGGCUGCUCUUUGUUCCUGGGGAUCUGUUCCUGUCCCCGCCGAACGAGCAGCGGUGGCCUAAUUCGUACGGUGAAAGACAAUCAUUUGUUCUGGAGCAUUGCAAUCUAUAUUAUAUCCCUUCUGCAUGUCACUUAGAUCCUAGGUGCUUUUUUAUUUUAUUUUUUUGGUAUGGCAUACCAAGGAAAGCAGUGUUUAUAAGCUGAAAUCUCUAGCGUUGUAUGUACAUAUGUAUAGGCAAAAUUGCUAUCCAAUUGAAGUGCCUACACACUUUAUGUUAAAGCCAUCAAUGUUGUGUCAAAGAGCUCUUGCCUUCUCCACUCCCCCCUCUUCCAACAUACCUCAAGGCCAGUUCUCAUGGCUACGCUGUGGCUCAUUGUUGAUGCAGCCAACAAACCAAAUUGAUUAUUUUUGACACAGCUCCAAAGCUGGAGACAGUUGGUCAUUUUUAACAGAAUUGAUGGUAGUAAGGCAGCGGCAUCAUUGUGCUUGUGGGGCUGACCAAGGAGGUGGCUCAAACCAUGUUGCUCCUUUUACGUAAUUUUUUUUUUGGGGGGGAGCACUUUUAAACACCUUUGAGACAUUCCCAUCUGCUUAGUUCCAAGGGGGUCGGGGACAGUCCACUGUUUAUGGGUGUUUUGUCAAGUUAAUGAGCAGUCGCAUGAUCAAACUCCUAUUGAAUCUGCUACGCCAACAAUGAGCUCCAUGUAGCCAUGGGCUCUUUCUCAAAAGCAGCAAUCCCUGCCAGCAGGCUGAUCACUCCUUGCCCACGCCAGGCAGAGGACUUCUUGCAUUGUAUUUUGCAGUCCCACAGAUAAUUGCACUUGUUAGACAUGGAAAAAAACUGGCCAUGAGAAUGUGUUGUUUUCUAGUCUGGCUGACCUCAGACACAUCCCCUUCCAAGCUUGUAAAGCUGUACCUACACUUUCAGAAGACAAGGAGGUGCAGAAGAAGAGAAAAGAUUGUCAGGUCAAGGUGUGAUUGGCCAAGGUGGGUUGCACCAAUGACAUCAACCUUUUAAAAAGUUUUUUUUCCCUGUUAAAAAGAACAGGGGGUGGGGGCAAAUGCAUUAAAUGUUCAGGGGAGGAAUUGGGUCAACUGCAGAUUCGCUAAAGAUAAAAGGGCACAUAGAGGGUCAAAUCAAAGUGGAUCUGCAGUUAAAGGUGAGUCUUGGGGUCUGAAACAACUGAAGACUAGUGUCAGGGAAAGAUGAUGAUGUGCAAUACCCCGGCAUGAGCUUUGUCUUAGAAUUGUUUAAUGAUAGCAGCAGCAAAAAGAGCACCACUCCCGCUGCCUCUGAAUUAGGCUGCUGAAGUUCCUGAUAGAUUGCAAGUAGAUUUAUGCUUGUAGGGUACCAACAGGCAGUUGGUGCCACCUUCGGAGUCGUCAUUUUGCAUUUGACUCUAGACUGGCUCCAGUUGGUAGACCAAGAAAAAAUCCAGUAGGGGUCAGGAUAGAUUCUGCAAGGCAGAUGUCUGUUCACACCUGGUCUUAGCCACUUCGUGUCAAACAUGUAGUUCAUUAGGAGGCAGCGGCCUGAGCCUUUUUGCUCCAUUCUCCUCCUCCCUAUCCAUAGCCUUACAAAACCUGGUGCAAGGCGCAUGACCUCUGAAGGUCACACUGAGAUGCAAAGUGAGAAGAGGUCCUCAGCAUGACACAGUGCAAUAAGCCAUUUUCCCCCACCCUAAGAGGGAGCAAAUGUAGCUUUUUAGUGACCAUAUUUAGCCCACCGAAUUACAGAGGUAACGUAAGUGUUUAUUUUAAAAGCCAUAGUCAAAACGCAAUCAAGCAAAGUAUCAGCUACAAGUAAAGUGUGCUUACCUCACUUUCAUGGCAUGUACUUGGCCUUGCAGAAAAAAAGAAAAAGGGGAGCAUAGCUUCUUUGUUUGUAUGGCACACUGUAUGGCAGUUUUUCUAUCCAUGUUAAGAGGGCCAACACCACCCAAUCAUUUAACUGCUCUUGCACAAGGAACCCAAGUGUUGUUCACAGAGACAGGACACAUGUCCUUAAUCUACUCAAGUCUGCAAAGACUACAGCUUGCUUUUGGGGGGGAAACAAGUUCUCUUCUUUCCUGUUUCUCUCCUUUCUACUUACUGAUAAACAUCUGGAUUUCCAAGUUUUUUGGAGAAAAGUGCGUGUUUCAGGGUGUGGGAAGGUGUGUUAUUAAUUUAAAUCAACGUGGAACGCAUUGUGCAAUUGGCUCACAGACUGGCCAACAGAACAGAGACAGGAACAUUUCAGUGGGCGAUCAAAGGCUAUUGGCAAAGCACUUGGAUCAUAUAAAUCACACCCACGUUUUUGCAGAAUUAAAACAAGCCAACCCGCUAUAAAUUCCGACCAGGCAGAGAGAUUUUUUUAUUAUUUAGGAUCAUUGUUGUGCAUUGUUUAGAGAGAGAAGACUUGUGAGGGUUUUCUGUUCACACCCAUAAACCAUUAUUAUACCCAGAUGAGUGCUGUCAGUAACGCUGGUGGGGGUGUAGAAGUUGCUUAAAGCAGCAGAAUGAGAGGGGUAAACAUAUGGGAAGCUAAAAAGACGACAGAGGAAUUUGUAGUAUUGAUGACUGGGUGAAAAAUCCAGACAGGCACUUAGAAAUGCUGUCUCCUCACACUCCGGCCCCAUUGACCUCCGAGGACAUGCUGCCACCUUCUUCUGCCUCAUUUAUGCAAUACUAACAAACAUUGACUCAUGAGCAAGAACAGUGAGAUCUUAUGAGAGCCACAGAUAUAGGAGGACUAAACAUGUUGUUUUUCCUUCCGCUGAGUUCGUUAGAUGGGUUUUCCAUAUUUGGGAAAGGGGAGGGGCAUCCAGCUCCUAAAGACGUAGGCAUCCUGCAAGGAGGGAAGUCAGCCGAGAGCCACAGUUAAGUAUCCUUAAGAAUUUACAGGAACACGGUGGGAGGGAUUUUACAGUGAGCUCACCCCACGAUUCUAGCAUAACCUUUAAAGGCCUUUCUCAUGCAAGCAGUCCUACCCAUGUGGGUGUGUCUCACGAGGCCAGCUUAACAUCUGGGGCUUUUUUUUCAGCUGGAACUCAGUUGCGGCACCUCUCUGGUGGGCUCCAUUGCCAUUCUAAGAGAACAAGAGAGGCGUUCAUUGUGAGUUCCAGCACCUCUUUUUCUAGAAAGGUAGCACUGAAACGUCUGUGGGGUAAAUGCAUAGAAAAGCACUUCCCACAAAGGGCGCCUGUGUGUCAGAAGUGGCUGAAGAAUAUAUUUGUCCAUUUUCAAGGGUGUGUGUGCAAGAAAUCUGAACAGGCCAGACUCCCUGCACAGGCCCCUCUUCUCACUUUUUGCAAUUUAUAUCACAGGCAAUAACAAACAGCUGCUAGAAGAGGAAGCACAUUCACUACAGUAAGUAACAGCAAUGAAUGCAAGCAGGGGGUGGAUGCCAGGAGGUAUCUCCACAACAGAACCAUAGCCUUGAGGGAAGACACAAACUGGGUACUAUAAAUAAAUGUAUAAUUUUUACGCACACGUGUUGAAAAUUCUUACUGCUCCUUUGAAAUCAACUGUGCAGUGCUUAAGAAAAAUAAAGUCUUUAUUCUGAACAUGGCAGAAGAUCAAUGUACUCCUAGGGACAGGCAGGCAUACGCAGUCUCCUUGUCAGUAAAACACCACCUACCUCGAUAGGAGCUGCACGGAUUGUUUGGUCCUCAUGCUAUUGGUUCCACCAGUCAAACAGGCAGAGCCAUAGGCAAUCAGUAGGAUCCACAGUGGCUCUAAGAGCUGGCAUGGAAAGUUGGAGCCCUUAAAGGGCCAUGAAGCACUUAUUACCUCCCAAUCCCUGAAUCUUCCAAGAACUGUUCCUUCUCCAUCACCUCUUUAGCAACUACAGUGGUUUCACAAUUGCUUCCUCCUAUUUAGCUUGAGAGCAGAUCUAUUCUCCUUUCCCUUACCUCUGAAAAUUCCUUCUUGGUUUUAUAUUUUUUAUAUUUAAAUAAAGGCCUAAAUCAUUUAUAUGUCAGUACUACAACCCACAUGAUAUUGCCGAUGCUGAACUUGUUAUAUAUGCUUGCUACACUGAAAACAGUAUUAUCAGAAAAGCUUUGUAUUAUUACCUUAUUUUGUCUGUUUACAUUAUGAGCAAAUGACAUAUCACAAAAGAAAGCUUUUUGAGUGACAACUGUGCCAAAGAACAGAGAGCUUUUUUGAGAGACAACUGUGCCAAAGAAAGCAUUUAAUAGGGCUUUUGCAUUUUAUAAAAAUGAAGUGUUUCUAGCAGAUGUUUCUUGUUUAAUAUAUUAAAGAUUUGCAACAUCCAAAAA